AUAGAGAUUACAAUUUAAGAGAUUGGAGAGGCUUUGGAUUUCUUUCGUGCCUGUACUCUCUUCACAUUGAAUCCGUUACUGGUAUAUUACUAGUAAACUGGCGUCGUAAAAAAACAGUCGUUACUUCACCGGACUCUUAAAAUACGGUAGAUGCUACUGUAAGGACUCGGCACAAUCCAGGACAAUCUAAAGAUGCAGCAGCAACCAGUGAUGGAAGAGGGAACGGCCUACGAGCCUCCAACUUACGAUGAAACAUUCCCAGAGCUUCCGGGCUCGUGUAACCAUACGACCAUUUCAAACCCACUGCCGGUCAACAACAGUAUGAGAGUUGGUUCAUCAACAAUAACAACCGUUUUUCACGUACCACUGGAAGAGCGUAAGUUUGAUCACAGCGACAAGUUCGGCGAGGGUGAGUCGAUGCGUACAUGCCAAGCAAUAAUGAAAGAAACCAAUGCCCGCAUUGAAAUAUCCUCAUCUAAAAGCCAGACACUUUCGUUUGUAUUAAGCGGCAAGCAAAGCGAAGUAUUAGAAGCGCGUCGUAGAAUACUCGCGACCUUUCAAACCCAAGCAAGCAAACAGAUAAAUAUUCCGAAAGAACAUCACCGUUGGAUCUUGGGUAAACAGCGCCAGCGAUUAAACGAAUUAGAAAAAAAUACAGCGACUAAAAUAAACGUGCCCUCAGUUGACGUACAGUCCGACACAAUAACAAUAACUGGUACUAAAGAAGGAAUUGAAAAAGCUGAGCACGAAAUAAAAGUCAUUUCUGACGAACAAUCGCGAAAGGCAUUUGAACGUAUCAUUGUUCCGAAAAUUUAUCACCCAUUUAUUCGCGCUUUCAAAGAUAAUACCAUUAGUUUAAAUGCUAAUGCAAGUUUACGAAUAAAUAUACCACCGGCAUCAGUUCAAAAUGACGAGAUAACAAUUGCCGGUGAAAAAGAAAGCGUAGUUGCGGCCAAAAAAAAAAUAGAAAGUAUUUACAGAGAUGUAGAGGAACGAUACAGUUCGGUGUCCGUCGAAGUGCCAAAGUCACAGCAUAAAUAUGUCAUGGGACCUCGUAAUACGACAAUCACUGAAAUUUUACAAUUAACAGGAGUCAGUGUUGAGAUGCCAAGUCCUGAUUCGCCAACAGGUACCAUAACUUUACGCGGGCCACAAGAAAAAUUGGGGCAAGCUCUCGACAAAGUUUACGAAAAAGCAAACAGCGUGCGCACAGUAACCGUCGAAGCUCCGUCCUGGAUCCACAAAUAUAUAAUCGGUCGCAAGGGUAUUAAUAUUAAAAAAAUAACCGAGGAGUUGCCAAAAGUAAAUGUUGAUUUUGCUGAAAAUGACAACAAAAUAAAAAUAGAAGGCCCGCCAGAAGAAGUCGAAAAAGUAAGAGAACAAGUUGAGGCUCAUGCCCAAGAUCUUGUAAAUAAACUGACAUUUGUUGAGCUUAAAGUUGAUCCCCGGUACUUCAAGCACAUUAUCGGCAAAAAUGGCAGCAAAGUUAAUCGGCUGAAAGAAGAAACAAAUGUAUUUAUAAAUAUAUAUGAGAAAGACGGGCAAAAUAUCAUACGUAUUGAGGGUAAUCAAGCCGGUGUGAGUGAAGCUGAAUCUAAAUUAAUGAAGACUGUUAAUAAAUUAGAAAAUGAAAAGGAGAAGGAUGUUAUUAUUGACCAUCGUCACUACGCUAGUGUUAUUGGCAAAAGAGGGUUUAAUAUUAAGGAAAUUAGAGAGAAAUUUAAUAAUGUACAGAUAACAAUACCCGGGCCAAAUGAAAAAGACGACGUCGUUAAAAUACGCGGUCCUAAAUUAGAUGUUGAUAGGUGCCAUAAAUAUUUAAUGAAAUUGGCUAAAGAACUUGAUGAAAAUAGUUAUACAAUAGAAGUACCUAUUUAUAAACAAUUUCAUAAAUUUAUUAUCGGUCGGGGGGGUAUGAACAUCCGUAAAAUUCGGGAAGAGACUCAGACUAAAAUUGAAUUGCCAGCAGAGGGUUCUGAUGACGAGGUAAUUGUCAUUACUGGUAAAAAAGACAACGUCGAAAUGGCGCGCGAUAUGAUUAAGAAAAUUCAAAGUGAAAUGAGUAAUGCCGUUGAGGAAGAGGUCGUCAUACCGCCAAAAUACUAUAAUUUUCUUAUUGGCACUGGCGGUAAAAUAAUCCACUCGAUAAUGGAAGACUGCGGUGGUGUGACAAUUAAAUUUCCUACUGCUGAAAGUAAAAGUGACAAAGUUAUAAUACGUGGGGUUAAAGAAGAUGUUGAAAAAGCUAAACAACAAUUACUUGAACAAACAAAUGAAAAACAAUUGAUGAGUUUUUCAGAUACCGUACGUGCUAAAGCAAUAUACCAUAGGUUUAUUAUUGGACGCCAAGGAGCUAAUAUUAAAAAAAUAAGAGAAUCAACUGGUGCUCGUGUUGUAUUCCCGACUGAUAAAGAUGAAGACCAAGAAAUUAUAACCAUCAUUGGUAAAAAAGAAGCUGUAGAGAAGGCUAAGGCAGAGUUAGAAUCGACGAUAAAAGAAAUUGGUAAUAUUGUCGAGGAUGAAAUAACCAUUGACCCAAAACAUCACAAGUAUUUUGUCGCACGUCGUGGCGGUGUAUUGGCGCGUAUUGCUGAUGAGUGCGGUGGGUUACAAAUUUCAUUUCCACGUGCUGGAGUUGACAGCGACCGAGUUGUGCUCAAGGGCUCGAGAGAGUGCAUAGAAGCUGCUAAGCAACGCAUGCGAGAAAUCGUCCAUGAACUGGAAUCUAAAAUAACAAUUGAAUGCAUCAUUCCCCAGAUACAUCACCGCACUGUGAUGGGUGCUAAGGGUUGCAAAGUACAGAUGGUCACGUCGGAAUUUGAUGUGCAAAUUAAAUUUCCAGAACGGGAGCAAAUAAAUCAUGAUGGGCAGCCACCGCAAGAGCAGCAACAGGAACACCAGCAGGUCAAUGGUCAAGAAAAUGGCGAGACUGAGGUACAAAAUCAUGGCCCGCCUGCUUGUGAUAUUAUUCGUAUUACUGGACAACCAGAAAAUGUCGAAAAAGCCAAGAAAGCUUUACUGGAUUUAGUGCCAAUUACUGUACAAGUCCCUGUAGCCUUUGAUCUUCACCGCCUGAUUAUCGGCAAAUCCGGUCGAGAUGUGCGAGUACUCAUGUCUAAAUAUGACGUUCAUAUAAAUAUGUCACCGGCUGAUCAAAAACGAGAUUACAUUGAAAUUUGCGGUGCUCCUGCAAAUAUUGAAGAGGCUAAACAGGCUAUUUUUGAACGUGUUGAAGACUUAGAGGCUAAACGACAAGAACGUGCUCUUAAAUCGUACGAAUUAAAGUUCGAAGUCAGUCCAGAAUUUCAUCCCAAAAUAAUAGGACGUGGAGGCGUUGUUAUUAAAAAAAUUCGUACUGAUUUUGAUGUUCAAGUAGAUUUCCCUAAAAAAGGUGACCCUGAGGAGAACAUCAUCACCAUUACGGGAUUUGAAAAAAAUACUCAUGAGGCUAAAGAAGAAAUUUUGAAAAUAGUCAAUGGUCUUACUAAAGAAGAAAUUAAAAUUGAUUCCGCUGUUCACUCACGGCUUAUUGGUGCACGUGGUAAAAACAUACGGAGGAUAAUGGAAGAUUAUAAAGUUGAGAUUAAAUUCCCACGGAAAACGGACUCUGAUCCAGAUCUUGUUGUCAUUAUUGGUAGUGAAGAAAAUGUUGCUGAUGCACGUGAACAUCUUUUGAAUUUAGAAUAUGAAUAUCUACAAGAUCUCGAGGAUCGUGAACGUACUAAGUCAAUUCGUGGUGGGAAGCAUGAAUCAGAUCGACCUCUUGGCAGCAGUGAAAGCGAUUCAGGGUUUGUCGUAAAAGGAGGACCGUGGGAGCAACAACAAUCACAGCAGCUAAAAAGUGCUCCGGAUACCGCCAGUGUCGCGGACUUUCCGACAUUUGUAGGUCACGAUUCAAAUCAAGUAUCUGUUGCUACGCCAGAAGGACCUUGGGGUAAACGCCGAGAUGUCCUCGCAAAUUCGCUCAAGUAAAGCGGAUUAUUUUGGUAACAUCGUUACCUUAAGCAUAAUUAAAUUCUUUAACAUAAAUUAGUAUCGAAAAUAUAAAAUUAAAAUUUUAAACAAUUAACAAAAAAUAAUAAACUUCAAUAUAAUAUUGAAGUUGAUCGUUGCUUCCCUAAUCCAUUGCUGACGCUGCUGCAUUAUAAAUGACCUUGGCCACUCUCUUGGACUCUGAAACUGGUUUCACUGAUACCGCUAAUUAUCACAAAGUUUUUCUUUAAUUAAUACAAUUUCAAUUUUUUUUUUUUUUUUUUUUUUUUUUUUUUUUUUUUUUUUUUUUUUUUUUUUGUGUCUUAUGAAAAUUCUAAAGUUGACAAGAUACUGAAGUUAGACAUCUAAUAAAUUUUGGAUUUUUUUCCAAGCGAUAAAUUGUAAAGAAAAUAUUUUGAAAAAUUGCACUUGUAGUUUUUUUAAUUUUCUACAUGUGCAUAUUUUUAUUUAUUUAUUUUUUUUUUUUUUGUAAUUUGAUGUAUAAAAAACAAAUUCAAAAAUUGUUAAUUGUUCGUUAACUUCAGGAUCGAAAAGUUGUAAGACAAUUAAUAAUUUUUAAAGUUUUUUUUUUUUUUGAAAUCAGUUACAAAAAAAAUGCACAUGUAGAAAAUUGAAAAAACUACAAAUGCAAUUUUUUAAAAUAUCUUUUUUUUUAUAAUUUAUCGUUGGUGAAAAAAUCCAAAAAUUGAAUGUCAGCCAACUUCAGUAUCAUCUUGUGUAUCUGUAACUGCAAUGCAUUAAUUACACAGUAGAGUUUAUGAAUUUAAAAAUAUAUCAUUUUCAAAAGAUAAUAGAAGUAAAAAAAAAUAUCAAAUUAUCACGUAAAUAAAUAAAUGCCUAUCAGAUACAGAUAUGUCGUACUUAAGACUGUGGCUUCAUAGAAAUUUCUAUGUCCCUUAAACAAUUAAAAUUUUUUCAUGUUUCGAAUUGUUAUGAUGUUUAUUUUUCUUCUUUUUUUUUUUUUUUAAUUUUCUAUCAAUCAUUUGCAAACACAAAUUUUUAUAUUUUAUUAAAUGACUUCUAAUACUCGAGAAUUAUUGUCUAUUUAUAAUUGUAUAUAAAUUUCACUUUUUUUGUUUUUUUUUUCUUGUUUUAUUUAAAUAAAGCAAGUGAUAAACUGUAAAUUAUUAUCAAAUGCAACGUCACAUAUGGAAUAUAUUAAAUUAUUUAUAAAAAAAAAACAAUUAAUUGACUAAUUGAAUAAAAAAAACAAUUGAUGUCUUAUCACUAUAUUUUAAGAAGUCUUUCUAAUCAAAUUGAUUGAUUUCGAAAAAUAUUUACAAGACCAAAAAUAAAUUUUUUUUAAAAAAAUAUUUAAAAUUAGUAUCUUUAUAUUAUAUAUAGAAAAUUAUAUACCAUUAAGGCAAGAGUGCAAAAAAUAACUCAUCAAAAAAAAAUUUUUUAAAAAUCAAUCGUGAUUCAUUAAAUUACGUCACAAUUUUUUAAAUUCUUAAAUCAUGAUUUAAUUUAAAAAAUUUUUUAUCAAUUUUAUUUUUUUCUACACACUAAAUUAGGGUCAAUCUUAGACAGUGCCGCCACUUUUUUAGAAUAUUCAAUGACCGUAUUAAAAUUUAAUAAUUAAUUUAAAAAAAAAUUAAAGCAUUAAUUGAAAAAAGUACAAUUUCGCUGAGAUUGAGAUUUAAAAAAAAAUUACUUACAAUUGACAUCAAUUGGAAGUUAAACAAUAUUUGUUACAUAAAUUUCAGUAAAAUCGUCAUUUCAAAUUUCGAAUUCAAAUUUUCAAAUUUGUAUCUUAAAAUUUAUUCAAAUUUCUUUACACUCCUAAUAAAUAACUAUGCAAUUUUUUAUAAAUCUACUCAGCAAAAAUUUUUUUUUCAAUUAAGGACUUAAUUAAUUAAUAAAAUUCCAAUACGGUCAUUACGAUUAAAAAUCAUUGAAUAUUUUAAAAAAGUGGCGGGCACUGUCUAAGAAUGUCCUUAAUUAAAAAAAAAAAGUAACUCGUGCAUAUAACCCGUAUGAGGCCAAUUAGUUCAUAAGUUUAAAAAAAUAAUAAUAAUAUGAAAAAAAAAAAAAAAUUAUAAGUGUGAAUGUAGCAGACAUCAGUCAAAUUUCAAAUUAUUAAUAAAUAGAAUGAAUAAUUAAUAAAAUAAAAUUUAAAAAAUUGAUAAGUGCAUUUUUUAUAAAUAUUAUUUUUUAAAUUAUUUACUCGAUUUAUUUGUAAUUUUAAAUUUGUCUGUCUGUUGCAUUCACACUCAUAAAAAAUUAAAUAAUUAACUAAGGAUAAUAAUAAUAAUAAUAAUAAUAAUAAUAAUAAUAAUAAUAAUAAUAAUAAUAAAUAAAACAUACUUAUUCUGUUAAAAGUGCCUUGUCUAUUUUCUUCGAGACAGCUCAUUUUAAACUAUUUUAGUAGAUGAUGAUUGUGAAUAUAAUUAUGUAUAUGACUAUGAAUGAUUAAUAAUAAUUAUUCUAAUAUAUUAACUGUAUAUGAACAAAAAAAAAAAAAAAAAAAAAAAAAAAGUACGAGGUUUACAUGUGAGUAAGUAGCGUCAUAUGCUGAGUAAAAUUAAAAUAAAUGCAAAAAAAAAUAGAUUAGUAAUAAUAAAAGAAAAAAAAAUUAAUAAGACUAAAAAAAAAUAUACAUUAACAAAAAUAAAAUCUAAAGUAAACUAACAUUGACUAUAAUAAUGAAUGUAGAAAAUAAUCUCAUAUACGCUUGUAUGUUUCAUGUAUGAAGAGAAAAAAAUACGAAUGAAUGAAAAAACAAAAAUUAAUUAAUUAAUUACUACAAUAGAUAUUGGGGAUACAGAAAAAUUCACUUAUAUUUUUUAGAAUUACAGCCAUUUUUAUAAGCCUACGAUCGACCUACAUGUUAUCAUUGUCUCCUUAUAUAAAUAUUAUACAUGUAAUUAUUAUUGAUUAAUUAAUAUUAUUAUAUUAUAUAUUAAAAAAUAUGAUUGCCAAGCAUAAGAAAUGAGCGAACGAAGAAGAAAAUUUGUCAAACGCUUGAAUUCGAUCCACUAUUAAAACUGUAGUUGCAUGAAAGGAUUUAAAAAUUUUUAUAAGUUUCAGGAAAUGGUAAAAAGAUGUAAUUACAAAUAUAUGCAUGAAAUAUUAAGUAAACAAUAUGAUAAAAAGAACAUAAUGGUAUGUCGUAUAAACGAAUUGUUAAAGAAUAA